ACCAUGAUCACCAAAACCACCAGGACCCGCAGAGAAAUGAGGCCACUAAGGCUAUCAAGGCCACCACUGCCACUAUGGCGACUUUGGCAGCUAUUGCCACCAUGAGGUAGGCACAUUGGGAGUGCCACGUCCAUCUCUGUCCAGUGCCGUGUCCAGUUCUGUCCACUGCUGUGUCCAGUUCUGUCCAGUGCUGUGUCCAGUUCUGUCCAGGGCCAUGUCCAGUUCUGUCCAGUGCCAUGUCCAGUUCUGGGCUGCUCUGGACGCAGUCCUGCUCUCAGGGAUGGCGCUGCCUGAGCUGGGAGGUUGGGCCAGGUGCCCACUCUGGGUCCUUCCAGCCUGACCCGAUCUGGGAUUUGGGGAUUCUGGCAGUUGUGCUUCGGGAAUUGUCCACCGGAGGGCAGCAGCGAGCGCGGGCGAUCAGCGCUCCGGCUGCAGUUCCGGGUGCCGACAGCAGGCGGCGCCACUCUGCCCCCCUGAGGCUGACCACUGUGAUGAGAGAAGCGAUAACGGGGACGGGCGGCUGAAAGAGAUAACAAGGACAUUACUCGGUGUCCCACACUGGUCCCUGUGGCUUCUCCCCUCCAUGGCCCCCUUGGCUCAGACCCUGGCACUGCUGGCAAUGGCCGUGGCCACCGCGGCCGUUGAGGAGGUGCUCAUGGACAUGGUUCACGACUCCUUCGAUGACCAGUACCAAGGCUGCGGCCCUGCCAUGACAGAGGCAUUGCCGGCCCUCAACCGCUCCGAGUUCCAGAAGAAUCAUCUGUUUGCCAAGGUCUGGCUGAAGGCUGCAGCUGAGUGGCAGCGUCGGGGGUCCCCCGUGUCCCCUCUGUCCUCUCCAUCCCAGGCCAUCGCCCUCAUGGCCUACACCAUGGAUGACCUGUACGAGGAGUUCAACAAGGCCGUGCGCACGGCUGGAAGCUCCAGCCAGGAAUACCGGAACAACUUCCACUUCAAAACGCUGCAUUUCCUGCUGACCGACGCCCUGGAGACGCUGAGGGACACUCCGGAACAAGACUGCUGGGAGGUGGGCUGGGUGGUGUGCGGGAUUCAGUUCAAGGCCCAGAGUGGCGACACCGUCCGAUUCGGUCAAUUCAUGUCGACGUCAAUGAGCAGGCCAUCUGCCCAGUGCUCGGAGCCGAGCACUCUGUUCUUGGCUCGCACGUGCCGCGGCGUGGACAUCCAGAAAUUCUCCUACUAUCACAGUGAGAAGGAGUUGCUGAUCCCACCAUUUGAAACCUUCACGGUCGUCCAAACCAUCUGGGACGGGAAGACGCAAUAUAUCGUGCUCUAUUCCAACGGGCUGAAAAGCAACUACAACUGCGAGUGGCUGAAAGGUGGGAGCAUCCCCAUGGCCCCCUUCCACCUCGGAGGACUCCUCCUGGCCACCACGGCUCUGGCAGUGGCCACUGGGAUCCUCUGAGCUACGAGGCCACCAAGGUCACUGAGGUCACUGCGCUCACUGUGGCCACCAUGAUCACCAAGACCACCAUGACCCCCAGAGAAACGAGGUCACCAAGGCUGCCAAGGCCACCACUGCCACUAUGGGCAGCUUGGCAGCUAAUGCCACCAUGAGGUAACUGGGGCUACCACUGUCACUGUGGCAACUGUGGCCACCACAGCCACUCUGGCCCCCAUGGUCACAAUAACCACCAAGGCUACUGUGGCCACCAUGUUCACCAAGACUCCCUGAGCCACAAGGCUACCACAGCCACUGUGGCUACCAAUACAAUUUUGCAAAGAAAUUUUAUUAAAUUAGUCUAUAAAACCAA